UUCAAGGUUGAAUGCUUCUUCUACAUUGCCUUUCUCUGUUCAAAUCGCAGAAAUGGAGGCAUGGAAGAAGACUAUGGAUAAAAGCAACGGACGGUCAUGAUUGCGUAAUGGGAAGAACGGUCCAGAUUCGUGUCACUCAACCAGGGGAGACGCCGUUUUGAAGGAGCAGUCAAAAGAUUCUUCUGCAUUGACAGUCUCUGUUCAAAUCACACCCUUCUUGCCGGGACACCUGAACGAAGCGAUUCACACGUGUACAGCUGGGAAAAGAAUAGAUUAUAGAUGCAUCUUAUUGGUGUCGAAGCUUCGAUGGCUCACCGCCUGGGCACUACAUUAUUUUGCAAAAGGUUCGCUGCACUGAACGCUCCCAAUUGGAGAAGGAAGAGACUGUGUUGCAAAAUGUCUGCCGAGUCAUUGCCCUUAAUUCAUUCAAUCACCUUGCCGAAUCCAGUGGCUGAGCCCGUUAAGAUCGUCGCUGCUCCUGGGGUCUCCUCCUCCGACUUCUGCUCACUGAAGUUUGUCCGAGUGUUAAUUUCCAGCAUGACAUCAAAUUCGGACGUGUGAGACGUUGUUUCAGAUUGAAUUGGUUACGGGCAACGGGCGAGUGCUAUUAAUUCCUCUUUAUUCAAACAGUGGUUAUAUAAUCUGCAAACUAAGAAUGGGGUCUUAGCCUUUGGAAACAUGGUUCUAAGACAAGUUCUCAUUCAGGGAGUUGAUAUGUUUGGAAAGAGAAUUGGGUUUCUCAAAUUCAAAGCUGAUAUUGUUGAUAAAGAAACUGGCCAAAAGGUUCCAGGAAUCGUAUUUGCACGGGGACCAGCUGUGGCAGUUCUGAUACUUUUGGAAUCAGAAGGUGAGACGUAUGCUGUUCUUACUGAGCAGGCAAGGGUCCCCACGGGAAGGAUCUUAUUGGAACUGCCUGCUGGAAUGUUGGAUGAUGACAAGGGCGAUUUUGUUGGAACUGCUGUUCGUGAGGUUGAAGAAGAGACUGGUAUAAGCUUAAACGUAGUAGACAUGAUUGACCUCACUGCCUUCCUGGAACCAUCUACUGGAUGCAGAGUUAUUCCUUCACCGGGAGGCUGUGACGAAGAAAUCAGUAUAUUUCUGUACAGAGGCUCUGUUGAUAAGAAAACUAUUGCACAGCUACAGGGUAAAGAAACCGGCCUUCGUGAACAUGGGGAGCUGAUCAAGGUCCGAGUGGUACCAUACAAGAAACUUUGGCGCACAACUGCUGAUUCCAAGGUCUUAAUGGCUGUGGCUUUAUUUGAAAUGGCUACAAAAGAAGGACUAUUGCCUCCUUUGUCAACCUAAUUUGCUGGUCAGCUCUCCUUAUUGGGGAUCCUUGAUCGAGGGCAGAGAACUAGCACACGUCAUUUUUCUUAGAUCCUGCUACCUAUGAAAUUCUUGUGCAUCUGGCUAUCAAAUUCGCAGUGACAAAGUCGAGGUUUUGGUGGUCAAACUAUUAGUUGUUGCUACAUGUGUAGGCUGCCUUUUGAAGUUGAGUUGAAAUUUGAGUUUGUUCUUUGCAUCGUGUUGUAUGAUGUAUUCUUUAAAGUCUUUGCUAGGUUUCAAGCAAACAUUUAGCAAAAGAUUGGAAUUCUUUCACUAAAAGAAGGGGGGGGGGGAUCUUGUAGCAGGCUUGUAAACAGUGCAGAGAUUUGCGUCACGAAUUUUGUGAUAUACCUGACAAUGAGUGUUAAAGUAAUCCAGGUAUAAGGUGUGA